UGGUACCACAAGAUCCUGGUGUUCGACAAUGGACACGGUGGCGGAGUCGUUCCGGCAAAUGCGCCCACCGGCUGUGAACCCGCGCCAUGAGAUGCAGUUGCUUGACAUGGGUGGCACACUCGCUGCGACCUCCGCCACCUACCGCAUGACGGAGCUGAGAAUCUUUAUGCUGCAGGACCACCAGCAGCAGCAGGACGUCUGGGUGUUCCAGUAUCGGAUCAAGCUGCCGUCGAUGGAUAUUAGGCGUUUCCAGGAGAACGGGGAUUGGUGGGCGAAGGUCGUGUCCAAGGACGGAGAUGUUCUUGUCAGCUGCUUUGGCCGCCUGUUGCAUUGUGACAGAAAUGGGAAAUUGGUGGCUGACUCCAAGUAUGAUGAUGAUUUGCCGGUCGUCAUUCCUCACAGGCUCAAAGAAAGCCUUAUCCAGCAUCCGUUUCUCCAAAAGACCAAGGAAAACUGAUUCGUAUCAUCAGGUUCUGGAUAUCCCCACAAAUGAGGAACUCGUGUCUGACUGUCAAACUCUGAUCUCCAAGACCAAUGCUCUGCUGCCUGACCGAUCAGACAUCGCUUCGAUAGUCCAAGACACCAAGCUGAAGGCUUGUUCUUUUGGGUCUAUUUCCAUUUCUCAUGUUUAUCGAGUCUGUAAUAUUCCGCGGUUCAUGAAGCUAACGUUGUGUGGAUAGGCGAGGUGCCAGAUUGUAUUCGCCAUCUUGUUUGUAACGAACUUGUUGUUUCUGCUCAAUGAAGUGCUGGCUUGCUCUAAAAAAACAAGCUGUGUCUGA